CAUAAGAGCACACAGGUAGUCCCAUUUUCAGUCCGUUUUCUAUAGUAUAAAUAGGAAUAUCCUUCGAGGAUGUGUCCAUAACAUUGGCGCUUACUCCAAAUGAAACUACAAAAUGGAACUGCAGAUAUGGCUUCUGAUGGUCUUUACGUGCUGCUAUGCUGUGCCACAAGACAUGUCAGGGAAGGAAAUCAUUUUCCCAGUGGAGUCAAACACUGCCUAUGUCAAGAUAACCCCUGACAUGAACAAAAUCUUCUUUGCUGUGACUGUCUGUGUUCGAUUUUUCACCGGACUACAGACGAAGGAGCAGUCCAUUUUCUCAUUGGCCACGCCUUCUCAUGCCGAUGGUUUUGUCAUCUUCAGGGGAGAUGGGGGAAAUUACAGGGUGUACAUUGGGGACCAAGGUAUCUAUUUCUGGGGAUUGUCAGACAAAAUGAACGAGUGGAACUCCGUUUGUGGGACGUGGGAUGCCGGUACAGGACUGACUCAACUGUGGGUGAAUGGGAAGCCAAGUUCGAGGAAAGCUCUCCAAGUCGGUGGCUCCAUCUCUGGUACUCCAAGCAUUAUUUUAGGUCAGGACCAAGAUGCAUACGUUGGUGGGUUUGAUGUGUAUGACUCCUUUUACGGACAUGAGACCGAUGUCCACAUGUGGGACAGAGUGCUCUCCCCUUGUGAGAUCCAAAGCUAUAUGAAGGGGGAGAUCUUAUCUCCAGGGAAUGUGGUAAACUGGAACGCAGUAGAAUACACAAGGCAUGGCUAUGUGGUUGUUGAGAGGAGGCAAAACCUGAUCUGUUAAAAUGUAUCUGACACACUUACUAUUAAACCAAUACAUUUAUUUUGGUUUUAUUUUAUUUUGUUGCUAAUCAUAAAGUAUCAACGUGACUGUUCAGGAUAUAUAGUGAUCUAUUCAAAACCACAUCAAUUGAAGUAGGCUACUUGUAAUGAUGACUGUAAUUCUGCUAUUACAGUGCGUUCUUCCAGCAGAGGCAGUAAUGAGCCACAGCCUCAGUUACUGUAGGCCAGGGAUCAUCAACUAGGUUCAGCCGUGGGUCGAUUUUUUCUUGACCGGAUGGUCGGGGGGUGGGAACAUAAUUACAAAUGAUUUGUAGACUGCAAUUUGACCGCAAGAAUCCCAAACAGAUCAUUUCAAACCUUGC